GGAACAAAGCGGGUUGUUUCCACCCGGACCAUUGAGUGUGUAACACAAGUUGUGAGUAAACGUUCCUGCUGAGCAUACACGUGAUUCUCCGUGUCUUUAUUAAUGAUCGUUAGGGUGCUAACGUAACAGUAGAUGAUCAGAGUAAAGUUGUAAAGACGUCAGCGCUGAGUUGAGUUUCCCCUCUGUGACUCUUGGAUGUGUGUAAGAUGGCCGGGUUUAAGGAUCUUAAAGAGUUAUUCAGUCGACGGCUGCUCGCUGCGGUUAUCAGAGAUAUAACAGAAGAAAGAACAACAAGUGGAUACGAAGAGGAGCUCCACCGACAAAGAAAACUGCUGGAUGUGAUUUUAACUCCUGAAAUCAAGCUACAGAGAACAGAUGUCCAGCAGCUGUUGGUGAGUAAAGAAGAGCUUCCACCUGAGCAGCAGGAGUGGAGCCACAUUCUGGACCAGGAGGACACUAAGCCCCAACACAUUAAAGAAGAACAUGAGGAACUGUGGAUCAGUCAGGAGGAAGAACAGCUUCAAGGACUGGAGGAGGCUGAUACCGCCAAGUUCCCCUUCACUCCUGUCUCUGUGAAGAGUGAAGAUGAUGAAGAGAAACCUCAGUCCUCACAGCUUCAUCAGAGACAAACUGAACAGAUGGAAACAGGAGUUGAUGGAGAGGACUGUGGAGGAGCAGAACCAGAGAGAGACUCAGAUCCAGAGAGACGUUUACAACCAGAGACUGAGGUCGAGACUGAAGACUCUGGUGAACCCGAGACUGAUGACAGUGAUGAUUGGAAAGAGACAAGAGAAGAUCUGUCAGAAUUAAACUUGAAAAAUAAGAAACUAAAGGCUGGUAAGAGACAACACAGCUGCUCGGAGUGUGGUAAAAGAUUUAACCAGAAAGGGACUCUGACCACACACAUGUUAGUUCAUACAGGAGAAAAACCCUUCAGCUGCUCUGUUUGCAGUAAAAGCUUUACCCAUAGACAAAGUCUGACCACAUACAUGUUAGUUCAUACAGGAGAGAAAACCUUCAGCUGCUCUGUUUGCAGUAAAAGCUUUACCCGAAGAGGACAUCUGACCACACACAUGUUAGUUCAUACAGGAGAGAAAGCCUUCAGCUGCCCUGUUUGCAGUAAAAGCUUUACCCAAAGAGGAAAUCUGACCACACACAUGUUAGUUCAUAAAGGAGAGAAAGCCUUCAGCUGCUCUGUUUGCAGUAAAACCUUUACCCAUAGGCAAAGUCUGACCACACACAUGUUAGUUCAUACAGGAGAGAAACCCUUCAGCUGCUCUGUUUGCAGUAAAAGCUUUACCCGAAGAGGAAAUCUGACCACACACAUGUUAGUUCAUACAGGAGAGAAACCCUUCAGCUGCUCUGUUUGCAGUAAAAGCUUUACCCGAAGAGGAAAUCUGACCACACACAUGUUAGUUCAUACAGGAGAGAAACCCUUCAGCUGCUCUGUUUGCAGUAAAAGCUUUGCCCAAAGAGGAACUCUGACCACACACAUGUUAGUUCAUACAGGAGAGAAAGCCUUCAGCUGCUCUGUUUGCAGUAAAACCUUUACCCAUAGACGGAGUCUGACCACACACAUGUUAGUUCAUACAGGAGAGAAAGCCUUCAGCUGCUCUGAGUGUGGUAAAAGCUGUACCCAAAGACAACAUCUGACCACACACAUGUUAGUGCAUACAGGAGAGAAACCCUUCAGCUGCUCUGUUUGCAGUAAAAGCUUUACCGUAAGAGGUAGUCUGACCACACACAUGUUAGUGCAUACAGGAGAGAAACCCUUCAGCUGCUCUGUUUGCAGUAAAAGCUUUACCCGAAGACAACAUCUGACCACACACAUGUUAGUGCAUACAGGAGAGAAACCCUUCAGCUGCUCUGUUUGCAGUAAAAGCUUUACCGUAAGAGGUAGUCUGACCACACACAUGUUAGUGCAUACAGGAGAGAAACCCUUCAGCUGCUCUGUUUGCAGUAAAAGCUUUACCGUAAGAGGUAGUCUGACCACACACAUGUUAGUUCAUACAGGAGAGAAAGCCUUUAGCUGCUCUGUUUGUAGUAAAAGCUGUACCCAAAGACAACAUCUGACCACACACAUGUUAGUGCAUACAGGAGAGAAACCCUUCAGCUGCUCUGUUUGCAGUAAAAGCUUUACCCGAAGACAACAUCUGACCACACACAUGAUGAUUCAUACAGGAGAGAAAUGCUAAUCCUGUGCAAUGGUAAAACUGAUCCAAAGGAUUCCAACUUAACAUCACUAAUGUGUAUAUAAGACAAAAAAGAGAUAAAAGACAUAAAUCUGUCUCUACUUUUUUGACAUUGAUGUUUUGUUGCUGACAUAUGAACCAGUAAGUUGGGAUCAGCUAUGACGUUUGAAUUCAAAGUGUUUAUAUGAAACAGUUACAGUGUAAGGAUUCUUCUUCUCUCCUGAUAUCUUCUCUUCUUUCUGUCACUCUGUUUCCUUUGAUGCCUCUGUGUUGGGUAGCAGAAGUUCUUCAGACAGCUCACGUGUAACCUUGUAAUAAAUAAACUGAUGUAGAGUGAGAAAGA